AUGGGACGGACCCUUACAUACCCAAAGCGGUCCUCAAACACAGUUAAUCGAUACAAUAAUCGAGCAACAUACGACCUGGGCGCGAUUCACUCUAUAAUCAACGAAUCACAAGUCCUCAAUGUCUCCUUCAAUCCAGGACCUGAAGAUCCAUUCCCAACAAUCCUCCCCAUGAUUGGCCAAAUGGGAUCCUACGAAUUCCCAUCCGCAGACAUAAACGAGCCAUUGGAAUGCUACCUGCACGGCUAUGUCAGCUCCCGAGUUAUGAACCUCGCACGCAGCACCGAGGGCGAGGGACUCCCCAUCUGCAUCGCAAGUAGCAAAGUAGAUGGGUUAGUCAUGUCUCUCACCCCCAACUCGCAUAGCUAUAACUAUCGCUCUGUGGUCUUGCAUGGAUACGCAAAUCUCGUCACGGAUGAGGAAGAAAAGCUUUGGGCAAUGAAGCUGAUCACUAACUCGGUGGUCGCUGAUCGAUGGGAUAACACGCGGGUUCCUCCCGACCGGGCGGAAAUGUCGUCCACUGUUAUUUUGAGGGUUAAUGUUGUUGAUGGGAGUGGGAAGAUAAGGAGCGGGCCGCCUUCUGAUGAGCGUAAGGAUACGGAUAGGAAUGAUGUUACUGGUCGUGUUUGGACGGGUGUUAUUCCCGUAUAUGAAACAUUUGGGGAACCGGUUCCUAGUGACGGGAAUCGAGUGUCUGAGGUCCCUGGGCAUAUUUCUGAAUUUAUUACGGCGAGGAAUGAGCAGAAUCGGGGUUCGGCUGAGAGGGCAGCACGGCCGCCGGUGGGAUCUGAUUGA